AUGGUGAGGCUGACGGCGGAUCUGAUAUGGAAAAGUCCGCAUUUUUUCAAUGCCAUAAAGGAGCGGGAAUUGGAUCUUCGAGGUAACAAGAUUGCUGUAAUCGAGAAUUUAGGCGCUACGGAGGACCAAUUUGAUACCAUUGAUUUGUCAGACAAUGAGAUUGUCAAGCUUGAAAACUUUCCCAAUCUCAAUCGGCUGGGAACUUUGAUUGUAAAUAACAACCGGAUUACUCGUAUUAAUCCCAACAUUGGAGAGUUCUUGCCAAAGCUGCACUCGUUAGUUCUAACUAACAACAGGCUUGUCAACUUGGUGGAGAUUGAUCCUCUUGCCUCCCUUCCUAGGUUGCAGUUCCUUAGCCUGCUGGAUAACAAUAUCACGAAGAAACCUAAUUAUCGGCUUUACAUAAUUCACAAACUAAAGUCGCUUCGGGUUCUGGAUUUCAGGAAAGUGAAAAACAAGGAAAGAGUGGAAGCAGCAAAUUUGUUUGCAUCUAAAGAAGUUGAAGAGGAGGUUAAAAAGGUGUCCACGACGACAAUUACUCCUACUGAGGUUUCAUCCGUUUCGGAACCGGCAGAGGAACAACAGGCUCCAAAAAUGGUUGCCCCAACUCCUGAGCAAAUUAUAGCUAUCAAGGCUGCCAUUGUGAAUUCUCAAACUCUUGAAGAGGUUGCAAGACUUGAAAAGGCUUUGAAAUCAGGCAUGAUUCCUGAAGAUCUGAAAAUUCCAGUUGGUAGUGGUGGAGGCGACACAAUGGAAGAAGAUGACACAAUGACUUCGGAGAAUCCCAAAGAAACUAAUGUUGAGCCAAAGACUGGAGAGGAAUCGAAGGACAAUGAAGCUACCCCAAUGGAGCAGGAAUAGAAGGAUCAAGGAAUGUUAGGAAUACUCUUGCAUGUGUGAAGCCAAACUUGAUGGCUGAUUUUUCCAAGGGAUAUUUGGAAACGUUUUCAGUAACUUGAGAUCAAUUAAUUAGUGACCUGAGCCCUAUAUGAUUCUCCUAGACCUGGCAACAACUCAUAUGCUCUCAUGUUCUGACCCUGAAAGUGUUGCCAUAUUUUUUGCUUCCAAGGCGUUGUUUGUUUAUUAAUAUUAGAAGGAUUUGAGACCAUUGAUCCGUAGAACUCUCAUGGAUGUAGUAACUUCAAUAGUUAAGUACUGGUGUACCUUCCGAUGCAUAGUGCUACUUUGGAUUUGUGCUGCUGCCUAUAUUAAGGUGUAGGUUGGAGGCGAUUGUGGGGCUGAAUUUCAUUAGGCAGGAUGAGCAAUGUACGACGUAUGAGGGAUUUAUGGAGUAA